AGCCAAUGUCCAAUGCUAGUCAAGACAAAAUGUAGACUAUACAAGACAAGCCGAUAAGCCAAAACGCACCAGAAAAUAUGGCGACGCAGCCGCCUGCAUCAGAGGAAGAGAUAGAGGCCCAGAUCCGAGAGAUCCAGGCUCGUAAAGCUGGCUUGGGUCAGCAGAAGUUUGACAAUGGAGAGGGAGGCGGUGUCCCUCUCACAGCUGCUGCAAAUGGCGCUUACAUGGAUGAAGACAUCUAUGGCACUACACAGAACAAGUACGAGGGAUACGUCACAUCUAUCGCAGCAAAUGACGACGCAGAUGCCGACGAUGACGAUUAUGAAAGCACAAGCCUCAUGCAGACAAAGAAGGCCCCACUACCUUCGGCCUUCUUGGCAGAGCUUACGGACAAAGACUACGACCCGUUUGCGGAUCGCAGGGUUCCGCGCAUCGCCGAUCGGGAGGACCAGUAUCGGGCCCAGCGGCGCAAGCUCAUGAUUUCACCGGAACGUGUCGACCCUUUCGCAGAUGGUGGGAAGACGCCCGACAUGAAGUCCAGGACGUACACUGUGAUCAUGCAGGAACUGGCUCUGAACAAGGAUCAGGCUGAACUACGGAAAAAAUUGUCGGACAAGGCCAAAACCGGGGACCUUAAGGCAGCCCCAGAAAACGGAGAGUCUGUCAAGCAAGCUCCUGCAAAACGGCGGCGCUGGGACCAGCCAAGCGACGACACUCCACAGGCUGCUAAGAAGAAAUCCAGUUGGGAUGUCGCUGAGUCGCAGACUCCCUCUCACACUCCAUCCCAAGUUCGCUGGGACGAAACACCGGGGCGUGCAAAAGGGGCGGAAACGCCGGGAGCCACUCCGGGCUAUUCGAGCACGCGGGUAUGGGAAGCCACCCCGGGUCACGCUACACCCGGAGCACACACCCCGGGACACGAGACACCUGGUACAGCACAGCGUGCAGCUGGUUCGAGCACACCCAGCGCCAGGAGAAAUCGCUGGGACGAGACUCCAAAGACAGAAAGAGAAACACCUGGCCACGGCAGUGGAUGGGCCGAGACCCCCCGAACGGAUCGAACUGGUGGGGUGGAUCUCAUUCAGGACACUCCCACUCCGAGUGCAUCCAAGAGGCGUUCCCGCUGGGACGAAACGCCCACGUCUCAGAUGGGAAACCAAACACCGCAGACACCAUCAACGGUGCUGACACCAUCCGCAACAUCCGUGAUGACACCCUCUGGUGUGACCCCUACUGGUGCGAAAGCCAUGGGCAUGGCCACCCCUACGCCAGGCCACCUCAUGUCCAUGACACCUGAGCAGUUGCAGGCGUAUCGUUGGGAAAGAGAAAUAGACGAACGUAAUCGUCCACUGACAGACGACGAGCUGGACUCCAUGUUCCCGCCGGGCUACAAAGUCCUGCAACCCCCAGCGGGGUACAUCCCCAUCCGCACCCCGGCCCGCAAAUUGACGGCCACGCCGACCCCCCUCGGAGGUGGUGGACCAGGCGGAGUGCCAGGCGGAGGACCCGGCUUCUUCUUCCAGAAGGAAGAGCCCGUCAAGAUGGUUGACACUCAACCGAAGGGCAACCUGCCUCCGCUCAAACCGGAAGACAUACAGUACUUUGACAAACUGCUUGCUGAGGUGGAUGAGGAGCUGCUGAGUCCAGAAGAACAGAAGGAACGCAAAAUAAUGAAGCUGCUGCUGAAAAUCAAGAACGGAACACCGCCGAUGCGUAAGGCAGCCCUGAGACAGAUCACGGACAAGGCUCGGGAGUUCGGAGCGGGGCCGCUCUUCAACCAGAUCCUGCCUCUCCUUAUGUCUCCCACCCUGGAGGACCAAGAACGCCACCUGCUGGUCAAGGUCAUUGACCGCAUUCUCUACAAGCUGGACGACCUGGUGCGACCUUACGUGCACAAGAUUCUCGUCGUGAUUGAGCCGCUGCUUAUCGAUGAAGACUACUACGCCCGUGUGGAAGGUCGUGAGAUCAUUUCUAACCUCGCCAAGGCAGCCGGCCUGGCAACCAUGAUCUCUACCAUGAGGCCCGACAUUGACAACAUUGACGAGUACGUGCGAAACACCACGGCUCGAGCGUUUGCGGUGGUAGCUUCUGCCCUCGGUAUUCCGGCUCUACUGCCCUUCCUCAAAGCCGUGUGCCGAAGUAAGAAGUCUUGGCAAGCACGACACACAGGUAUCAAGAUCGUACAGCAGAUUGCUAUCCUUAUGGGCUGUGCCAUCCUCCCACACUUGCGAUCCCUGGUGGAAAUCAUCGAGCACGGCCUGGUGGACGAACAACAAAAAGUCCGUACCAUCACUGCCCUCGCACUGGCCGCCCUCGCCGAAGCAGCCACUCCCUACGGCAUCGAGUCCUUCGAUUCUGUGCUUAAGCCACUGUGGAAGGGUAUAAGGACCCACCGUGGAAAGGGUUUGGCUGCCUUCUUGAAAGCCAUUGGCUACUUGAUUCCUCUCAUGGACGCCGAAUACGCCAAUUACUAUACCAGGGAAGUGAUGCUUAUCCUCAUUCGAGAGUUCCAGUCUCCUGACGAAGAAAUGAAGAAAAUCGUGUUGAAGGUGGUGAAGCAGUGUUGCGCCACUGAUGGUGUGGAACCCCAGUACAUCAAGGAAGAAGUAUUACCCCAUUUUUUCAAGCACUUCUGGAACCACCGCAUGGCUCUGGACCGCAGGAACUACAGACAGCUGGUGGACACAACCGUGGAGAUCGCCAACAAGGUUGGAGCAGCCGAGAUGGUGAAUCGUGUGGUGGACGACCUGAAGGACGAGAACGAACAGUACCGCAAGAUGGUGAUGGAGACAAUCGAGAAGAUCAUGGGCAAUCUCGGUGCCACAGAUAUCGACUCGCGCCUGGAGGAACAGCUCAUCGACGGCAUUCUUUACGCCUAUCAGGAACAAACAACGGAGGACAUGGUGAUGCUGAACGGAUUCGGCACCAUCGUGAACGCCCUGGGCAAGCGGGUGAAGCCCUACCUGCCCCAGAUUUGUGGUACCAUACUGUGGCGGCUGAACAACAAGUCUGCCAAAGUGCGUCAGCAGGCCGCCGACCUUAUCUCCCGCAUCGCCGUGGUCAUGAAGACUUGUCAGGAGGAGAAGCUGAUGGGCCACUUGGGUGUCGUCCUCUAUGAAUAUCUGGGAGAGGAGUACCCAGAGGUGCUGGGAUCCAUCCUCGGUGCUCUCAAGGGCAUCGUCAAUGUUAUCGGCAUGCACAAGAUGACCCCACCGAUCAAGGACCUCCUGCCGCGACUCACGCCCAUCCUGAAAAACAGGCACGAAAAGGUCCAAGAGAACUGCAUCGACCUGGUGGGACGCAUCGCCGAUCGAGGCGCAGAGUACGUCUCGGCCCGCGAGUGGAUGCGCAUCUGCUUCGAGCUGCUCGAGCUUCUCAAGGCGCACAAGAAGGCCAUCCGUCGUGCGACGGUCAACACGUUUGGCUACAUAGCCAAAGCCAUCGGCCCGCACGACGUGCUGGCCACCCUGCUGAACAACCUUCGCGUCCAGGAGCGGCAGAACCGAGUCUGCACCACGGUGGCCAUCGCCAUCGUCGCGGAGACCUGCUCCCCUUUCACGGUGCUCCCCGCGCUGAUGAACGAGUACCGCGUGCCGGAGCUCAACGUGCAGAACGGCGUGUUGAAGUCGUUGUCGUUCCUGUUUGAGUACAUCGGCGAGAUGGGGAGGGAUUACAUCUAUGCCGUGACGCCCCUGCUGGAGGACGCGUUGAUGGAUCGGGACUUGGUGCACCGGCAGACGGCGUGCGCGGCGAUCCAGCACAUGUCGCUGGGCGUGUACGGCUUUGGGUGUGAGGACGCCCUGGUGCACCUGUUGAACUAUGUCUGGCCGAACGUCUUCGAGACGUCCCCCCACCUGGUGCAGGCGUUCAUGGGCGCCGUCGAGGGACUGCGGCUGGCCCUGGGACCCGUGAAGAUCUUGCAGUAUUGCCUGCAGGGCCUGUUCCACCCUGCUCGCAAGGUUCGCGAUGUCUACUGGAAGAUCUACAACACCCUGUACAUAGGAGGCCAGGAUGCCCUAGUGGCAGGCUACCCGAGGAUUGCGGACGAGGGCCGCAACACGUUUGUCCGCCAGGAGCUGGACUACACCCUCUGAUUGGCUGAUGGCAAAGGAAAGGACACCCAUUGUUCAUAUCUGUUUAUACAUUAGUGUUUUAUCAUGUAAAUGGGAGGGGCCACACUCGCUUGUAAAUUGAGGAAUAAAUAUAGUAAAGUAC